AUGGCGGAUAAUUCUUCAAAGACUUUACAACCUCUUGAAAAGUUGGACCUGAAAAGCCAACAAGUUUGCAUGUUUGAUGCUCGAAUGGGAAAGUGUACCCAUGCGUGGUUAGUAAGAAGAGUUUUUUGCAAUGCAAAACCUCUAUUGACUCAGAUGAUCGAGUACUAUUCAGUUCUGGGCCAAGUUGAUUUGUCCGAAAAGGAAUUUAAGAUGAUUCGCAAACCUUGGGUGGAUCAGCAUAAUAUUCUGCUCCAUUCUUAUGCACUCGGUGGAGAAUCUGUUAAAGGAAUGGAACUCUUCAGUUCUAUGAAAAACAAGGGUAUCUACCCAAACUUAUCCACUUUUACUGGUGUGUUGUCAUGUUGUUCACAUGGAGGUCAGGAUUUAAUGAACGAGGCUCUUCGCUUUUUAGAACCUAGGCCGACCUCUGUAAUGCUAAAUACAGUCUUAGCACAUUGCACUCCUGGUGGAAAUUUGAACUUAGCUCAGAAUGUCUUUGGAAGGAUGCUGAAAUAUGGUUUUAAAGAAGAUGGAAAUUUAAGACACUCAUUCAAUGCAGUUAAAGGUUUGGUGAAAGAAGUAAAGCUAAUAGGAGUAUCUGACAGAGCUAAAACGUAUCUUAGGAAAGCGCCUUAUGGUGAUCUUGUCAUGAUGUAUGAAUUUGAUGUUGCUGCUCCAAAGAACAUGAAACAAAUAACAACUAACAAGCAUGGGGUUGUGAAGCUUUUAAACUGUUUUGAUAGAGAUUGUGAGGUUGUUGGUGCUGAUUCAAAAGAUGAUGUUGUGUAUGGUAUGAUGCAGUUGGACCUGAAAAGCCAACAAGUUUGCAUGUUUGAUGCUCGAAUGGGAAAGUGUACCCAUGCGUGGUUAGUAAGAAGAUGUUUUUGCAAUGCAAAACCUCUAUUGACUCAGAUGAUCGAGUACUAUUCAGUUCUGGGCCAAGUUGAUUUGUCCGAAAAGGAAUUUAAGAUGAUUCGCAAACCUUGUGUGGAUCAGCAUAAUAUUCUGCUCCAUUCUUAUGCACUCGGUGGAGAAUCUGUUAAAGGAAUGGAACUCUUCAGUUCUAUGAAAAACAAGGGUAUCUACCCAAACUUAUCCACUUUUACUGGUGUGUUGUCAUGUUGUUCACAUGGAGGUCAGGAUUUAAUGAACGAGGCUCUUCGCUUUUUAGAACCUAGGCCGACCUCUGUAAUGCUAAAUACAGUCUUAGCACAUUGCACUCCUGGUGGAAAUUUGAACUUAGCUCAGAAUGUCUUUGGAAGGAUGCUGAAAUAUGGUUUUAAAGAAGAUGGUACGUUGGCUACUAUGUCAAAUACUUACUCGGCGUUUGGUGCAUAUAAAGAUGCUGCCAAGUUCAGGAAAGCUUUCAUGGGUGAAGGAAAGACUGCUGGAACAUCAACCAUCAGGAAUGCCAGCAAUUGA